CAAUUGCUAUGAACCAUGGCCCAGCUGUACUACAAGAAGGUCAAUUACUCACCGUACAGAGACCGAAUCCCCCUCCAAAUCGUGAGGGCUGAGACUGAGCUCUCUGCUGAAGAGAAGGCCUUCCUUAAUGCUGUGGAGAAGGGAGACUAUGCCACUGUGAAGCAGGCACUACAGGAGGCCGAGAUCUACUACAAUGUUAACAUCAACUGCAUGGAUCCUUUGGGCAGGAGUGCCCUGCUCAUUGCCAUUGAGAAUGAGAACUUGGAGAUCAUGGAGCUACUGCUGAAUCACAGUGUGUAUGUGGGCGAUGCACUACUCUAUGCCAUCCGCAAGGAAGUGGUGGGUGCUGUGGAGCUUCUGCUAAGCUACAGGAAGCCCAGUGGAGAGAAGCAGGUUCCCACCCUGAUGAUGGACACCCAGUUCUCUGAGUUCACACCAGAUAUCACUCCCAUUAUGUUGGCCGCCCACACCAACAACUAUGAAAUCAUCAAAUUGCUUGUCCAAAAGCGGGUCACUAUCCCACGGCCCCACCAAAUCCGCUGCAACUGCGUAGAGUGUGUGUCCAGUUCGGAGGUAGACAGCCUGCGUCAUUCAAGGUCCCGACUGAACAUCUACAAAGCUCUGGCAAGCCCCUCACUCAUUGCCUUAUCAAGCGAGGACCCCAUCCUCACUGCCUUCCGGCUGGGCUGGGAACUCAAGGAGCUAAGCAAGGUGGAAAAUGAGUUUAAGGCUGAGUAUGAGGAGCUCUCCCAGCAAUGUAAGCUCUUUGCCAAGGACCUGCUGGACCAAGCUCGGAGCUCCCGAGAACUGGAGAUCAUCCUCAACCAUCGAGACGACCACAGUGAAGAACUUGACCCACAGAAGUACCACGACCUGGCCAAGCUGAAGGUGGCAAUCAAAUAUCACCAGAAAGAGUUUGUUGCUCAGCCAAACUGCCAACAAUUGCUUGCCACCUUGUGGUAUGAUGGCUUCCCUGGAUGGCGGAGAAAACACUGGGUAGUCAAGCUUCUGACCUGCAUGACCAUUGGCUUCCUGUUUCCUAUGCUGUCUAUAGCCUAUCUGAUCUCACCCAGAAGCAACCUUGGGCUGUUCAUCAAGAAGCCCUUUAUCAAGUUCAUCUGCCAUACAGCUUCCUAUCUGACCUUCCUCUUCAUGCUUCUCCUGGCUUCUCAGCAUAUUGUCAGGACAGACCUCCAUGUACAAGGACCUCCCCCAACUGUUGUGGAAUGGAUGAUACUGCCUUGGGUUCUAGGUUUCAUUUGGGGGGAGAUAAAGGAAAUGUGGGAUGGUGGAUUCACUGAAUACAUCCAUGAUUGGUGGAACUUAAUGGAUUUCGCAAUGAACUCCCUCUACCUGGCAACUAUUUCUUUGAAGAUUGUGGCCUAUGUCAAGUAUAAUGGUUCUCGUCCAAGGGAGGAAUGGGAAAUGUGGCACCCGACUCUGAUUGCAGAGGCACUCUUCGCAAUAUCCAACAUUUUAAGUUCCUUGCGUCUCAUAUCCUUGUUCACAGCCAACUCCCACUUAGGGCCUCUGCAGAUCUCUUUGGGACGCAUGCUGCUUGAUAUCCUCAAAUUCCUCUUUAUCUACUGCCUAGUACUGCUGGCUUUUGCCAAUGGACUGAACCAGCUUUAUUUUUACUAUGAGACCAGAGCUAUCGACGAACCUAACAACUGCAAGGGGAUCCGGUGUGAAAAACAGAACAAUGCCUUCUCCACGCUCUUUGAAACCCUUCAGUCACUCUUCUGGUCUGUAUUUGGCCUUUUAAAUCUCUAUGUCACUAAUGUGAAGGCCAGACACGAGUUCACCGAGUUUGUGGGAGCUACUAUGUUUGGGACAUACAACGUGAUCUCCCUGGUAGUGCUGCUGAACAUGCUCAUUGCCAUGAUGAACAACUCCUACCAGCUUAUUGCCGAAGAGUAUUAG